CUGAUAAAGUGCUGCUUGUGGUCAACGGCAACAGUCACUCAGCGCUGGUCGACAAGAACGGUUCCGAACGCGACUCCAGAAAGGCCAUCAAGUGCACCGGUACUUACCGUUAGUGAGGUGUGAGGUUUGCGUAGCUCGUGAGGCACCAUGGAUCCCAGUAUUCUAGCAACCAUGGACCGUGACGCACUGAAAAAGCAGAUCGAAAACAUGAAGUACCAGGCGUCGAUGGAGCGAUGGCCGUUAUCGAAGAGUAUCGCAGCCAUGCGAGAGUACGUGGAGGAGAACGAAAAGAACGAUCCACUAAUCCACGCACCGGACAAGAAGAACAAUCCAUGGGCCGAGAAGGGAAAAUGUGUCAUCAUAUAAGCCCGUGGAACUGCCUCGAUUCACCAGUUAGCUAAUGCUGCCUCCUGUACCAUCUACACGUGCUGUGCAAUGAGAGCAGGCUCGUAAGCUCGUUUGGGGGUGGCGAGCAAGACUCUAAUGUCCUGUAAGCGAGCUAGCAUGCAGAGAGAGGAAGAGAGAGAAAAAAAAGAGGAAGAAAGAGAGAGAGAGAGAGAGAGAGAGAGAGAGAGAGAGAGAGCGAUAAAGUGGGUGCGAGUGUGACGUUGAAAGAAGGGAUGGAUCAAUGAUGAUGUUUCGUACAUUUCGUUUUGCACACACAUUUGCGCACACCAAAGUACAGCUACAGAGUUCCCCAACAUUAACUUCGCCUCGACCGCCUAGACCAUAUUCGCACAAAGUAAAUGGCAUUCGCCGCAUUCAUAAAGGUGACCAAAAGCAUUGAAAUGGUGCCCAACGGUAAGGCACCAUAGCAUAGCAUCAUCACCAUCAUCAUCAUCAUCAUCAAACUCACCGCGACUCUAACAUUUCGGAUCCGAUGGAACCUUAUCCUUAUCCACCACCACCGGGGGCUGCUAUAUCGACGUGUUCAACAAGUUCCCUUCCACGUGACUCCCGCUGGGUGGUACAAAUAAAGUAAAAACAAGAAUCUAGUCAGUAGUUUUGCGAAGGGAGACACAAUGGGUGGACAUCUCGUGGAGUAGCUCGUCGUGCGUGUGCGAACCGAUGCUCUAGAACCGGUGGAAAAGUUAACAGGCAACAGAAGUUUUCUCUUUCUUUUAUCACUUUUUGGGUGACAGGAGGAGCAAUAGUGAAGCUACACACGCUAGCAUGUGUCAAGCUGGACGGAUGUAUGACCUUUUCACUAAUAUGUGUAUGGUCUGGCCUUUUUUUGACUCUCUAUCCGUACAAAACACCUUCGUACUAAUUCCAUUUCAACCGCCUCUUUCACCGAUAUUUGGUGAGAGAUGAAUCUACUUCUUGAAUGCUACCUGCCAGUAGAUCGUACCAAAUUCUUAAGCUAGUCCCCGAAUGAGAAGGGACUUUUGCCGGAAGCACGAGUAUGGUUCUUUUGUCUCGUAGCCUGAUUAAAUUCCAUGAGAGUAGUAACCAUUUAACGUACAGCAUAACAUACUAUAACCUAAUGAAGUUGAAGAUGCAAAACGAAUCCAAAAAAGAAGGAACCAUUUUCACGUAAAUAAAACAAAUAAACAGUGUUGGAAGAUUGCACAAAUGCAUAUGUAUUUUAAGUCCUUUCGUUUUGAACGGCUCGGUCUCGGUCUGUACGGGAAUGCUGUGUCCGCGGUGUUUUGAACGUUUUAGCAACAACACGCAUUCAAUGUUUAUAUGACAAAUAUUACGCUCUGGAGUAUUCUUGCUAAUCUUGUGUUGAAAGUGGAGUUUACAUACCUUAUUCCAACCUAUGGUGUUCGCUGACCAUAUUCCUCGGUGUAGCACAUUCGUCACCCUUUUCGUCUUUUUGAAUGUAUUUUGAAUUGUGCAAUUUAUAUGCGGUAAUUGGAAAGUACGGGCCCAAAACGCGGUAUACCGCCGGCGCAACCUUUCCGCUAAAUCCUUCGAUUGCUCCAUGUACUAUCGAGGAAGAUGAUAGGUGCGGCUUAGCGCUCCAUCGCAUUAAACAUUGCAGUAACACUCUAAUAAACAUGUAACGAUAUCACUAAACAAAGAGCCAUUCAAAAGCCGUGGCUUGAAAGAAAGAUUUACCUUCUCUUCGGCUUCAUCAGCGCGUUCCUCGGCUUCUAUAACACGUUGCUCCGGCUCCGACAGCUGAAACGAAAUGGAUAAAACAAUAUAUCAACAGAUAAUAGGACGGUCAAUACAUAAAAUAAAUAAAUAUGGUACAACAUUUUGACGCUCUCUAACUGCUGGAUACUCGUGCAGUACGCGUAUUAUCGGUUACAUACAUUUGAAACAUUUGUUAUUUGUUCGAGUUACUUUACCUUUGCCACAAACAACACAUGCUUAAAAAUAAAAAAGUUAGGAUUUUCAAGCUUCUAAGCACAUUGCGACUAUACGAAAAUUAAAAAAAAACAAACGCAGUGUAAUCCGUAAAGUGCAGGUGGUUUAGGUUCAUACAAAAAGCAUACCAGGUCGCUUUUCUGGGACUGACAUACGAAAUGGCCCGUUGAUGGGCAGUUAGUGGCUGGGUGAACAUUAAUCGGCGACCUAGUAUGCUUUUUGUCAAACGAGAUUUUGCCAACCUUGUUUGGUAUUUCGCACUCCUUUUCUCAGCUUUCGCAAUGUCCCUGCAGGUGGCUUUUAUACUUGUAACGAAUACGUUUUGGCUGUAUGUUGGUUAGGAAUAUACUGAUUUUGUUCUGAUACUAAUGAGAAGCAGCUAGUUCACAAAAAAUGUCAGGAAGGCUUGGGGGAGGUACACGAUUUGAAGUUGCAUUAGAUCUACUACGACCCACUACUCGAAAAAAGCACGAUUUUCCACAAAGUUUCUCUUGACUGGUUUGAGACUUUACUAAAAUAGCUUGUAUGCGGGGUUCCACCUCAAAGCUAGACUAGUUUCGGUUUUUCCACGCAUUGCGCAUGCCUCCACAACGGAAGCGUUUGCCACGCGGAUCCUUUUCCCCUAUCACAUCGCUAAGGUAACGCACAUAACGUACUUCGCCGUUGUGUUCUUCGACAUUAUCAACAGUAGUUGGGACUAGUUGAGGCCGACCCCUUUGUGAAGACAGACUAGCAAUGUGUGUAGAGUUAGGCAAUUUUUUAAAAAAUCAUCCCUUCUAAUGUACGCCUUCAAAUCCUACAGCACCACAUUGUAGUCCUUUUCAUGUAUGUGUGCGAAUCUCUGGAUUUGUGAGCGCCAUCGGUUCUGUGUGCGAUUCCGGUCCCCUCGAACGGUAGAGAACUUUUUCAUUAUCAUUCUUUUUUAAUGUUUUUUUUCUGUAUUGUGUGUAUGUGCGACCGCGCGUGUCUCUCGGGCACCCCUCAUUUAGUCUGGAACGAUGCAUAAAUGCGAAGGGCUUCAUUUCGGACUGGUGAUAAAAAAAGAGUCAAAAAACGUCGUCUGUGGGGUACAAAAAAUCUUUUUCCAUCCAUCGAAGGGUGAAUUCCGCCGAAAAAAGGGAAAAUUAGGCAAAGGAAGAUAAAUUGGGAAAAAAUAAAGACGCCAUCAGUACCAGAACCUGAGAGUAGCUCAAGCGAAUAAGGACGCGAAACAAUCGACCGUCUUCGUAGUCGUUGCCUUGGGCAACCGCCUCGAAUGGUUAAUGCUUUUGUCUUAUGUUUAUUGCAUUGUGCUGUGCGCUCACAGUUUUCGUUAGCGUUAUCCUGUGGGGUGUUUUUUUCUAGUAAUGUUGCUUCAGGCUGAGAUUUCGAGAGGUUUUUUUUCGCUUGGGGUUCAUUGUCGGUGUACGGUGGGCAAAUGAGUCUUCGUCUUCGCGAUUUUUUUUUCGUUUCCAUGAGUUGUAGUACCUCUCCCAAAUGAAUCACGUGGAUCAUUGUAGUAAGCCAUGCUGUGAAGCUCAUUAGCAUGUUUUAGUUGUGAGUCACGCUUCGAUGAGCUUCGAUAAUCCAAUGCUCUGGAUAAUUAAUGUUGCUGCUCCCAGGCCAGAGGCUUGUGUUUUUUUAAAUAUCUAUCGAGAGUAAUUUAAUUGAAAUUAACCAACGAAACUAGAUCCAAGGAGACAAUACCUCAUGUAUGUUUUGAAAGAAAAAAUCGUGUCAAAAAUUCUGAGUAGUAUAAGGAUACGUCUUUCUGCCAAUGUUCGGUAGGUAACGACCGGAACGACGACGUUUACCAUUUAAAAUCCGAAAUCUCUUUCCCAUGACAA